CAUUACGCAUUUAGUGUUUCAUCAUUCAGUCCGGGAGCACGCGGAGAUGUGCGGAACAAACGAGCUGCCAAAUGAAGGUGGUGGCAGUGUCAACCAGCUCGGAGGGAUGUUCCUCAACGGAAGACCUCUCCCAGAAUCCAAGAGGAGGAAGAUGAUCGAACUGGCCACGGAGGGAGUCCGACCGAACCAGAUCUCCAGGAUACUUCGGGUACGCAAAACCACAAAGUUGCACACAUUCAAACCUCAUUUAGUGUCCAGCGGGUGCGUCAGUAAGAUCCUGAGUCGCUACCGACGCACUGGACUCCUGCAGCCCAAAACCAUCGGAGGCAGUCGGCCUCGGCUCCUCACCCCGGGCGUCAUCUCCACAAUCAUCCAGUGCAAAAGGGAAAAUCCAACCAUUUUUGCUUGGGAAAUUCGUAAACGGCUAGCAGCUGCACGGAUAUACAAAGCCCCCAAGGUUCCCAGCGUGUCGUCCAUAAAUCGGAUUCUCAGAAAGAUCCACUCGGACCACGGGCCGCUGUGCAUGGAGAUCAAGGCGCACAUCAGGGCUGAGCAGGAUUUAGAUGCUCUGAUCCAAGAAGAAGUGAAAGGUGGAAAGAUGUCUGAGACGGCGAGCAGCAAUGACCGGAAGCCUCGAGGCGUCCAGCACCGCAACCGCACCACCUUCACCCAGGAGCAGAGCUCAGCACUCGAGCAAGAGUUCUCCCACAGCCUGUAUGCAGAUCUGUACACGAGAGAGAAAUUGGCAGCCGCGAUCAAACUUCCCGAGGACACCAUCAAGCCUCACGACGUGAUGUUCCAGCCCACGACAGACAAGAGUCCACCGGAUCCCCACAGAGAGAGAUUCCCCUUCCCUUUGCUUCACCAUCACACCGACGCGAGGACAUCCCUCCCAGUGACUCAGUGCUGGGACCAGCAGGGCAUUUCUUUUACCUGGGGCCCGCUUCCAACCGAUGAGAGGUUUGCAUUGGGGCCUCAGCCCUGGGAUGUGAAUCCCCAUCGCUACCUGGACUGA